AUGCCUAUCUCUGUAGUAUCAUCAUCGACUACGAUACCCACUGCAACAUGGAAUUUAACAAUAUUAACAACAGCAGUGACACAAACAACGGUGGUUGUCAAAGGCGAUAUGCAUAUUGGUCGUGUGAUGGUUCAACUUGUAAAUCUUCUAGAUGUCUCACAAGAUUGGUCUGAUUUUGCUCUGUGGUGGCCAGAGAAAAAUAUUUGGUUAACAAAUACAAAAUACUCACUCGAUCAAUAUGGUGUACAAGCCGAUGCUCUUCUUGUUUUUACCAGUAUGCAUAAACAACUACGAAUACAAUUACCAGAUUUUCGUAUUGUUAAUGUGCGAACUGAUUUUUCUACAUCAGUAUUUGCAUCUAUUUGUAAAUUGGGUAAACAAUUAGGUAUCCGAUAUCCUGAAGAAUUAUCAUUUACUCGCCACUGUCAACUUCCCUUAAAAACAUCAGUCGUCAGAGGAACAUCGCCAAGUCGAAGGAAAAACAUUUCUGGUAAUAGUAAUCUUUAUCGUCACAAUUCUAUGGGUGAUUCAUUAGCUCAUAAUACAACAACAAACUCAACAUUAUUUUGUGCCAGAACACCAAAAUUAAAUGGACAUCAUCAACAAUCACAUUCAGGUUCAACAAAAAAUAUUCGUCAAUAUCCUUCAGCCAUCGAUGCAAUGGUUAUUUCUCCCUUAUCAAAAUCAUUGAACAGUCUUGAAGAUUUUGAACAGCAAAAUUUGGCACAAACACCGUUGACACCAGUCAAACAAGUUUUAAACCAUUUAUCAAAGCCUAAAAGUUUACUCGAGAAAGCAAAAAUCAAUGGAUUAUGGUUAGAUUCAUCAAUUUCUUUAAUGGAACAAAAUAUUAACGAAAAUGAUCUCAUCUCAUUAAGAUUUAAAUAUUAUACAUUUUUCGAUUUAAAUGCAAAAUAUGAUGCUGUACGAAUAAAUCAGUUGUAUGAACAAGCUAAAUGGUCAAUCAUAAGUGAAGAAAUUGACUGUACAGAAGAAGAAAUGAUGAUGUUUGCUGCAUUACAAUUGCAAAGUCAAAUUCAAUCGUUGAGUUCGUCAUCAAACUUCAAUGAUAUACAUCCAGAGUGUAAUGACGAUGUUGAUCAAGCUUUACAACGUUUACAAGAUUCUUUAUUGGGAGUCAAUGGUACCACAAAAUCAACGUCAACAAAACAUUUAACACAAUUACCAGAAAUACGUGAUUAUUUAAGAUUAUUGAAACCAAAGCGUUUUACAUUAAAAUCAUACAAACGUUAUUGGUUUGUAUUCAAAGAUAUUUAUUUAACAUAUUACUUAAAUGAAGUUGAUGAAAAAGGCAUUCCAAUUGAAAAAAUUAAUUUAAAAGGUUGUGAAGUUCUUCCAGAUGUGAAUAUUUCAUCUCAAAAAUAUGGUAUCAAAUUAUUAAUACCGUCAAUUGAUGGCAUGGCAGAAGUUUUAAUUAAAUGUUCGACAGAAGAACAAUAUGCACAAUGGAUGGCUGCAUUUCGACUAGCAUCAAAAGGUAAAACAAUUGCUGAUUUAUCAUAUACAACAGAAAAAGAUUCCAUAUUAACUUUACUCAAUAUGCAACGACCUGCAAAUAUUAGCAGUAGCACUUCAUCACAAGUAAAAUCAUCACAACAACAAAAACAAUUCGAUAUUCAACCAGAAAAUUAUGUUGCCACUAAAUUUUUAAAAAAACUCAAAGCUAAACAGGUAAUUGAUUUUUUCUUUUAACUUUUCACGAUUGAUACACAAAGGAAACAGAUACCCGCUCAUCUUUUUCUCAUGUGGAUGAGUUACGGCACAACGUAUUCCUCAAAUUAAAAUUCAAUAUUUGCUAUACGACGAUCCUGCAUGUUUAAGAGUCUAUGUACAUUAGGAACAGAAUAAAGCAAAACAAAUAUAAGUUUAUAGUAUACGUUUACUUCAUGGUACAUGUAAGUUAUCUUUCAUAAAUUUGGAAGUCAUUUAGAGCAAGAUUUAUUUUUAAAUCAUUGUCAAAGGCGCUUCCAAAAAUCAAAUUAUAUUACAUUACGUAGGCAUUUAUCAAAAAGUUUGUCUGAUAAAAUGUCAGAUACGAUGCAAACAAAAGAUAUUAAACUCUUCCGAUCAAAAUACGAUUCAAGUGUGAUUAGGCAUGCACCAAUACAAUAUAUUGGGUCCCAAUAAUAUUGGUCACCAAAUCUAUUGGAACCAAUAAUAUUGGUCACCCAAUCUAUUGGAACCAAUAAUAUUGGUCACACAAUCUAUUGGAUUUUCACAAUAUUAUUGGGUAUUGGAUCAAUUGAGUUCGGCCUACUGUUACAGUACGGACGCAUGCUUUAUAUCCCGCUUUGAAUCAAAAUAUA